CCCACAUGUACCCAUGCCGGCUGACGCUUGACAUGGUGCCUGGGUCUUUCUUCUUUGCUGAGGUCAUUCCAGGGCGCACAUGGCCAGCUCUAGCAAGGACAGCAGUUCCCAUGAGCGAAGAUCCAGCUCUCACAGUGCGUCUCAACAGAAGUUGCCAUGGAACCCGGUGCUGAAAACGGAUCGUCCCAAGUAUGGCUACGCCGCCAGGGAACCGCCUGCGCCCAAGAAGGAGUCGCCACGUGCCCCCGAGAAGCGCCCGGCGGUGCCUCGCUUCCGGCAUCCGCCGCCGGCGCCACGGAGCGAGGAGGAGUUCGAACGCCGUCCAGCGGUUCCAAGGUUUCGUCAUCCUCCAGAACGAGAAACCAAGGAGGAUCAUCCUUUGAUUCGAGGCCUGGAGCGGCGCAAGCACGCUGGAGCUGUAGCUGUACCUGGCCUUGAGAGUCUCGAGAGCGCCGCGCAAGGUGGCCAAGAAAAUCGGAGUGAGUUGAGACCUGUGAAGUGCCGUUACUGCGCUCAGCUACUGGUGGUUGCCACCCAACAGCAACACGAGCGCACUUGCUUCGAGCGAAUGCUCACAGACUUUCUCCCUGGCGACGAAGAGCUCCCAUCCGCCCGCAGCCAGCGCCCGGUGCGCCGUUCCCGGUCCAACAGCGCCGACCGCGUCGUCGCGGCCGUCCCUGGUGGCGCGGAGCCGUCCUGGGCGCCCUCGGAGCAGCUGCGCAGCCGCGCGCAGCGGCAUCAGCAGCAGGUCCACGCCGCCACGAAGGAAGCCAUGGUGGCGGAGGAGGAUGAGGACAAUGGCAUCAUGCUCACAGUUGAUGCUUUGGAAGUGGACUUCAAAAGCUUUGCGAAGGAGCUGAGCAGCUUGGCGCUACCGAGCGCGGCCCUGGCGUUGAUGGGUCAGCUGCAGGGAAGCCCGCAACAAACAGCGCUGGACCAGUUGAUCGACUUGCAACGUCGCCACAGCGUGUUGGGAAGCAUCCUGCGUUUGGCGGAAGAGCACCGCACCAGCAAAGCUCCACCCUUCGGUCCCCAUCCCCUGGCACCGCACACGCCCACGGGUUGGCCGCCUCCCCCGGUGCAGAGCCUGUCGUCCUCGGCCGAGACGCCACGGAAAAGUCGCGUUCCCUCGACUUUGCCUCCACUGGACCUGGAGCUCCCGCCGUCACGUCAGCUGUCGCGCUCCUCCAGCCGCUCCGACGCAUCGCUGCGCAGUGCCUCGGUGGCGUCGCUCAGCGACCGAUUUCCUGGACGUCCCCAGGGCGGAAGGCAACGCUCCGGCAGCGUGAAAUCGGCCCGAUCCGCCGUGGGCAGCGGUCGCGCCAGCCGCGCCAGCCGCGCCAGCUGCGGGCGUGUGAGCCGUGCGGCGUCGGAGGUGACAUUGAGGGCCAGUCCUGGCCCAGCAGCGGUGGGCUUUAGGGAAAUGUCUGUGGAAGAGAUGAAAGCAGAGAUCGAGGCCGAACGUCAGCAGUACAUUGCCGAGCGUUUGAGUGCCGCGGCCCGUUGAACACCAACGGGCCUUUGUUCGGGAUGGGCACGCAGCAGUUCCAGUGCUCUGGAUUAAUCUUAGUUGGGCUGAAC